CACGUCUGUCUUGUUCCACACUCCACGUUGCAGAAGAAGAAGAAAUACAUCAACACAGAACUAUAACACGCUUGAGUUUGCGGCUUUUCCAGAAUGAAGAGGCUGCUCCCCGAGUCAGAUUACCUUGAAAACGGUAAAAAAAGGUUCUCGAAAUCUGAGCUCGAGGCGGUGAUCGAACGGGAAAUCCGAAAGGUGGUGAAUUCUAACAACUCCAGGCUUCAGAUAUUAGCAGAAACUAUUCAACAACUUCAACAUGACAUUGAUUACGGGAGCACCAUGCAAAAACUUGAGGCACGCAUUGAGACUAUUACAAGGAGAGCAAAAGCAGCUCUUGCCGCGGCGGAAACAAAGAAAAAGCGCUCUGUGAAGGAUUCUGAAAUCAUCAACAUAGACUCUGACGAUAACAGCAUGCCAGAAACAAUAGAUACAAGCAAGGACAAGACAAAAAACUAUCUCAUUGGAAUCAUGGAAUCCACCACAUCUUCUUUAAAGAGGAUACAAGCAGAAAAUACUGCAGUGAUGAGCGCAUUAGAAAACCUGUGUAAGGCUGCGUCUCCUCCUCCUCAGCACCAAAUGCCGGAAGAGCAUCCUUCGCAGCCCAACAUCAGCGGCGUCCAACACGCUCCCUCACAGCAGGACGAGCCUCCGUACCCUCCCCUGCCUUUGAACGCUUUCCCCUCCAUGCUGAACAUGGAGGCGGCAUCCUACAACAUCCCUGAGAAGGUCAAGGUCCACUUGGCGCUCAUCAAGCACCCUGCCACCCUGUCAGUGAUGUGGAACCUUGACGAGAAGGACGCCUCUCCACCACCCAUGGAGAGCUACAGUAUCUUCAUAACGGCGGAAAAGGUCAAAGGAAGCCAAGUCUUCCCGGCGUGGAAAAAGUUGGGCACGGUGGUUGCUAAAAGUCUGCCCAUGUGUGUUGCCAUCACAAAGUACAGGUCCGGGCACCGGCUGUGUGUUGCUGUGGUGGGCAAAGACAUUUACGGCCGCUACGGACCCUACAGUGACGUGGUUUCUCAUGUCAUACCGGAAUAAAACCCCAAGUGCUUGUUGAAUUUAAGGUAGUUUUUACUGUGUAAUGUUUCCGUUGGAACAGUAUUUGUAAUUAAACCAGAAUGUGUUUGUGUUGAUGUUGUCCAGGGGUGGAGGUUAAUUUCUGGCUUCGUUACAGACACUGAAUUUAUGGAACUAAAUUGCCUUUAAAUUUUGUGAACUGAUUUUUUUUUUUUUUUUUACAUCAGUUUAUGCUGACAAUAAGAAUUCAGUGAAUUAAAAUUCAGAGCAUAAAAAUUUGGUGUACAAAAAUUCAGUGCAGAAUUCUCAAAAAACUCAAGACCCACUUCCGGUAACUUAGGAAGAACGCAAAUCUGAAACUGGAUCCAUGGAAGUAAGUCUUGAGUCUUGAAGCAACAAAUAUUUCUGCAGUGAAUUUUUUCACAAAUUUUUUUUUUUUAAGCUGACUUUUUACACAAUUCAUUUUAAAACACUGUAUUUUACAUUUUUAAACACAUUUUACUAACAAAUUUGUAUUUCAGUAAAAUUGUCAGCAUAAUUUGAUGUAAAAAAAAAAUCAGUUCACAAAAUUCAAACGUAAAAAAUUCAGUGUAAACAAAAAAAAAAGCUUCCGUAAUAAAUACAGUUUUAACCACACACACGGGUGACUGUUUUUUACGUGUAGCAGAACUCAGUUUAAUGAAUGCCAUUGGAGUUAAACAAUUGUACGAUUUAUUGUUUUUGUUGUUAUUUACGACUGCGUUUUAUUUUACAAUAAAUACCUUUACAAUAAUAUGACCUAUUUUCUGUCUGUUCAAAUGAUUGCAAGUGAAAAUGUUGCCUCCAGCCUCCGUGAAGGGUUGGAAUACGCCUAUAUAUAUAUAUAUAUAUAUAUAUAUAUAUAUAUAUUGGGCAUUGCUCUGGUGUAUCGUCAAAUUUGUAAGACGAUGGCAGCCACUCAAGGAGCCCAAAGGCUGUUCGUCGCAAUGGAAGGCUUGUGUCGGGCUGUGGGAUCACAGACUGUGGCGAUUUCUGAACUGGAUCGCAAGAUGGAUCACAUCAUGGAAAAGCUUGUUGAAAUGGGAAUAUUGGAUAUGAGAGCAGCCAGCAUGGACAAAUAGAACAGACAAGCCAUUGUAAUGUCUGCUCGCUUGGAAAAACAAAAAUCCUAAUCUAGAAUUUGACUUCCUGGAGUGGCCUUGACGCUGCAAAACAGAAGCAGGCUGUUCUGACAACAUCCCCCGAGGACUCCUCAAUGAUGGACGCUUUUGACCUCUGUCAGAAUAAUUGUAUG